CUUACUUCCUGUCACUGAGUUGUUUCACUUUUUCUUUCAUAUGUGAAUGAUUAUGCCUGCUUGUUUUUGACAGCGUAUCACUCCCUAAUUCCUAAUAUAAGAUGUAUUGUCAAUCCUUCAGUGCCCUCGAAAAAUAAACAGUGUGAGACCUGUCCACACUAUUACAGAGGUGGAAAGAUGGCAGCAUCGAGUAGGAUGACCUCAAAAAAUCUAAACAUGGACCUGCCGGAAAAAGUGGAAGCUGUUGCACAGAAACUGAGCAGAGCGAUUGAACUGGGAGACAAGGAAACAGCAAUUCAGUGCGCUGAGCUCCUGGCAGAGAAACAUAUCCCUGUUACUGUCCAAAUCAAGGAGGCUGUCUUUCCUCAACAUGAAAUCAAGUCAGGACUUGAACCCACAACCUCCUCUCUAAGGGGUGAGUGUGCUGUUAUUGAGCUAAAGUCAACCCUACACAGGUUUCUUCUAUCAGCAGUCUAUAAUGAUUACAGUUUUCAUCCGAAACUGCAGCAGUGGAUCAUUGCUCAUCGAUUGGCAAAGGACCAUGAAACCUUGCAAUUCCAUGGCAUUCGAAAGGAUGGGGACACGGCAUUUAUGUAUCUCCUAUCAGGCAAGCAAGCCAACCUCAGACAGAGGCAGUGUGAACUGGAUCGGAUCCUACUUCUACAAGCAGCAGAGACAGCCAGUGGUAUGUUCAAUUCAAAACUGAACAGUGAAGAUGCUUUUCUUAAGUUGGAAGCACGUGGUGCCCAAGUACAGUCAAAUGAAGCAAACACUUUGCCAGAGGAAUCAGCAAAGAUUGGUUGGGUGUGUUCAGGUUGCACAUACAUUAAUAAACCAACCCGUCCAGGUUGUGAAAUGUGUAGCACAGCCAGACCAGACAACUACCAAGUCCCAGACAUAUAUCAACCUGAUGAAGAAGAGCUCCAGAGGAUGAAGAAUGAAGAAGAAAGUUUUAAACAAUAUGAACAGUCCAAGCUGCUGAAGCGACAAAAGAAUUACAAACUCUUGUUGGAAACAGAUGAACAAAACCUAAUAUCGACUGGGGAAGAUUUUGAAUGUCCAAUUUGUUUAAACAUCUUGGAGAAUGGUGAAGGAGUGACUCUUCGAGAAUGUUUACACGCCUUCUGCAAAGACUGUCUGAAGCAAACAAUCCUGAGCAGCACUGAAGCUGAUGUGACGUGUCCGUACAUGGAUCAGCUAUAUUCAUGUGAAAGCAAAAUCCUGGAACGCGAGAUAAAAUACCUCCUGACGGAGAGCGAGUAUCGCACGUACUUAGACAGAAGCUUAGCAAUUGCUGAGAAUCAAAGUGAGAAUAGCUAUCACUGUCAGACCCCAGACUGCAAGGGCUGGUGCAUUUACGAAGAUGAUGUCAAUGAGUUUAAUUGUCCCCUCUGUAAGAAGAAGAACUGUCUGCUGUGCAAGGCAAUACACGAAGGAAUGAAUUGCAAACAGUACCAGGAUGACCUGAAAAUUCAAGCUGAAAAUAACAAAGCUGCAAAACAGACUGCUGACAUGCUCACGGCAUUGUUGCAGAAAGGGGAUGCCAUGAACUGUCCUAAAUGCAAGAUUGUGGUACAGAAGAAAAGUGGCUGUGAUUGGAUACGCUGCACCAUGUGUAAAACAGAAAUUUGCUGGGUGACAAAGGGACCUCGCUGGGGACCUGCGGGCACAGGUGACAUCACUGGAGGAUGCCGUUGCCGUGUUAAUGGUAAACCAUGCCAUCCCAACUGCCAGAAUUGCCACUGAACAGAUGUGCAUCUAGUUAAUAUUGGGCACAGUGAAGCCCAUGGCAGUGAAAGUUUGACAUUUCCUUCUGAUGUGCACAUUACUGUUGUCUGGGGAAGAUAAACCAAUAGUGACAUCCUCUUAAGAAGCUGGAAUUCAAAUAUAUUUCUGCUUCAAAAAAGUGCUGAAUUCCAAUACUUCGGGUAAAGUCAUUUUGUUGCUUACAGACGCAUGUUGCCCCGAAAUCGUGGUGGUGGAGCGUAUAUGUGAGCAUUCUUGUAUGUAAGCGGGUUUCUGCCACACGUCUGGUGAAAUUCAGAGGGAAUUCCUGGCACUGUUAAUGGCACCCCUCUCUGGAAGGUGCUUCAGUCAUGCUUACGUACAUAGUUACACUGUAGACAGAAACCAUUCAGCCAUUGUGUCUGUACCAUCUCCUUACAAGAGCCCAGUAAUAGCAUCUCUUUUGCUUUUUCCUCUGCAACUGUUUUUGAUUCAUUUAAUUAUGCAGUUCCCUGCAAACUACACUUCAAUGUUCCGUCACCAUACUGUCAGGUCAUAUAUUCCACACCCUCACCACUCACUGUGAAAACAAGAUUUCUGCAGGUCACCUUGAAGCAGUGUUCUUGGGCUCAUGACGCUCUGGCAAUGGGAAGUUUCUCUCCAGUGAUCCAUCCAGAUUUUGAACAGUGCUAUCUUCUCAAAUCUCCCCUUCUCAAGGAAAACAGUCCUUCUUUCAACUUUGUUCCCAUGCUUUCCAAUGACUUCACAUCCUUCCCACUGCUGGUCUCCUUGUUUCUACACUACCUUUAGAAAUAUAUCCUUUAAUUUCCUUUUCUCACUCUUCCAACCAAAAUGUAUAUCUCACUUGUUUGCAUUAAAUCAGUCUACCAGCCUGUCUCUCCACUUUUAAUAAAUUGAAAGAAUGGGAAAACCCCAAGACUUUCUACAGGUAUAUAAGGGAUAAAAAAAAAUGACUAGAGUAAGAUUAGGACCAAUCAACGACAGUAGUGGGAAGUUGUGUGUGGAGUAAGAGGAGAUAGAAGUGCUAAAUGAAUAUCAUUUGUCAGUAUUCACAUUGGAAAGAAUACUGAGAAACAGACUAUUAAACUAGAUGGGAUAAAGGUUCACAAGAAGGGGGUCUUAGAAAUUCUGGAAAGUGAAAAUAGAUAAAUCUCCAAUGCCUGAUAGGAUUUAUCCGAGGAUUUUCUGGGAAGCC